GCUAUUUCGCAAUCGUUCGUAAAUAUUACAAAAAAAAGUAGUAGUAGUUCUUGUGUUCGCACUGGCUGGAAUGUUUACGAUUUUAGUACUGUCACUCCGAGACAAAUGUGUGGUGAAUCCCUGUGUGUAUGUUGCUUGAAUAAUACUGAACGGGAUAUGUUAAAUGCUUGUAUAAUCUAGUAGUCGUAGUAUCAUACGAAUUGUAUCUGUAAAGGAUUUGUGAUACGUCGCCAACAUGGGCGUGUUAACGCUUUUUACGUCGUGUGAAAGAAUGAACUUGUGAGCGUGAUUACCGCAAGUAAUUCAACUGCAAGAGCUGUCAGAGUUUUACAAUUACACAGGAGCAACAUCUCGUAUGUUGCGUGGUACAGGUUGGGAUCUUCAUUUACUUGUGGUGCGUAUAGGUGUUGGGUUGAGAAUCACUGUUAACCGACUACCAGCAGUCGGUUAUCGUCAAAAUGUCAAAAAAUAAGUUAAAUCUGACGUUGCCAUCAGGCGCAAUAGAAGCAUCGCAGACAACACCGACCUCUCAGCCUACAGUGGACCCACCUGUUGUGCCAGAGAAAAAAGUAACAAUUUCUGGAUCAGGAUGUUCAAACAGGCGUAGCACAUUGACAGGGAAAACAAGCAUUGAAGUUUUGCAAGAGAGACUGGAAGAAUUGGAAAUGGAUGACACUCAGAGGAAACGAAUGGAAUACUUCCUUGUUCAGAAAGAAAAGAUUGGUGAAUUAUCAGAUGAUGACUUUGAGAAACUGGGAGAACUUGGAGCUGGAAAUGGAGGUGUGGUGAUGAAGGUCAGACACCGAUCCAGUGGUCUCAUUAUGGCUCGUAAGCUAAUUCAUCUUGAAGUGAAACCUGCUAUUAAGAAGCAAAUUAUUAGAGAGCUGAAGGUUCUCCAUGAGUGCAAUUUUGCUCACAUUGUUGGGUUUUAUGGAGCAUUUUACAGCGAUGGCGAGAUUAGUAUUUGUAUGGAGUACAUGGAUGGUGGUUCACUGGAUUUGAUAUUGAAGAAAGCAGGCAAGAUCCCAGAACCCAUUCUUGGAAAAAUUACGUCUGCUGUGUUAAAAGGAUUGAGCUAUUUGAGAGACAAGCAUGCCAUAAUGCACAGAGAUGUGAAACCAAGUAAUAUCCUUGUAAACAGUGGUGGAGAGAUUAAGAUAUGUGACUUUGGAGUGUCUGGUCAGUUAAUAGAUUCUAUGGCCAAUUCAUUUGUAGGAACAAGGAGCUACAUGUCGCCUGAACGUCUUCAAGGAACACAUUACUCAGUCCAAAGUGAUAUCUGGUCAUUGGGCUUGUCAUUGGUAGAGAUGGCAAUAGGAAUGUAUCCUAUUCCACCACCAGAUGCUAAAACACUUGCCGCUAUCUUUGGACCAAAAAGAAUUGAGAAUGGUGAUGCACCUCCACAGUCUCCCACCCACAGCAACUUCCAGCAAGGCACCAAUGGCCCUCGUCCGAUGGCAAUAUUUGAACUUCUCGAUUACAUUGUGAAUGAGCCACCUCCAAAGUUACCAUCAGGGAUAUUCUCUGAUGCCUUCAAAGACUUCGUUGACAGCUGUUUGAAAAAGAAUCCGUCAGAAAGAGCAGAUCUCAAGACACUUAUGAACCAUGAAUGGAUUCGUAAGGCUGAAUCAGAGAAUGUUGACAUUGCUGGAUGGGUGUGUAAAACUAUGGAUCUGGUUCCUCCAAGCACGCCAUUACAUUCUGCUGCUCCAAAUUUUGGUGGUGCUUCUGGCAAGUGAGAGUAUCUCAUCACUUGCUUUGUUUCCUUUCCUUCAUUGUAGACCUACCUGUACAUCAAUAUGCUAUGAAUAUAAGCUGCAAGUCUUUUUAUAAACAUAUAGAUGUAUAAACAUACAAGUACGUUGCUGUAGAAGUUAAACAAAUUUUUUGUGUGAAACUCUGCACCAUUUGUGGGAGACCCAAAGCCUUUACCUCUUCAAAGCAGAGAUUACAUUUCAAGGGAAAAUAUUAUGUAGAUGCCAAAUAAUAUUAAGCUUGAAGACUCGAAAUCUACCUUAUGUAUUGACCUGCAGAGGUUUUGGUCAAUAUUGAGAGAAACAGAUAACAAUAUGUUGUCUGCUUGUGAUGUAUAUUUGUUGAAUACUAUUUAGUUCACUGAUAUAAAGUAAUUUAUUUUUAUUAGUGUUAAUACUUUUAAUAUGUGUGAGAAACCAUUCCAUUAAUUAGAGUUUUGUCAAUUACUGUCAUAGAUACUGUGUAUAUUUAUGCAUGUGAUACUUCUGUUUGUGCACUGUUUACCACUGUAUAUUUAUGUUGUUUCACAGAAUAAGAAUAAGCAAGUGUAAUUCAAUUUAACUAUAUGUACAUACAUACAUCAGAUAUUAUUGCAGUGAUAAUAAAACCUGCACCAAGAUAAUUAAUUUAAUUAUUGUUGUGGCUGUGACAUGCAGUGGAGUUGACAACACUAUUGCUUUUAUACUAUCUCAAACUCAGUUCUGUAAUUAUUUUGUUCAGUAAAAGAAUGAGGAACUCAAUUGCACAUGUUGGACCAUAGUUUAGUAUUUAUUCCUUUGCACUGAGUACCUGGGAAACAGUUUUUAAUGUCUUUUAAAUAUUUUGGGAUGCUACAAAAAGAAUCUGGCUUUAUGGUCACAACUCAGCAAAGAUGCCAAUUUAUGACUGUGAUGCAACUGUUACUGGUUAAUGGUGAACAUCAUUUUAUUGGGAUUCCGUAUCAUUGUUGUCUAUUUAAUGAAGUCAAAAUUGGAAUUGAGGCAAAAAAUGAAACUAUUGUAUUAUUUUAAAAACUAAAAUUUGAACACAGUCACCAGAGAAGUAGUUAAAAAUGUUGACUAAUGUGCUACAGAUGUUCUUCUAAUUGUGUGUUUAUUUUGAAGUUGGUAAAUGUGUAAGACUGCUGAUUAAGAAGUGGCAACAAAAUAAUACAAGGAACUGGUGAACUGCUCUAUCUUGUUAUUUCCCUGUUAUCUUUACUGCCAUAAUAAAAACAAAGGAAAUGAAAUUUUCCUGUAAAAUUUGACUGUUUUGUGCUGUUAUGUUUCAGGCUUCACUCUUUUCUUUUGUAUGUUUAUUAUGAAAGGGGGGAAAGUAACUUUUAGUAAAAUGUCUUGGAGGAAGAAGGUGUGUAUAGAGUAAUGAUUUUAUUAUAUUACCAUGAUAUGUAAAUAGUACCAGGAACUGUAGAUUUGUUUAAAUUGUGGGCAUUAUGUUCCUCUAGCAAUAACAAAAGAAAUUCUACAAGAUUUUGCCGAGCCUCUUCAGUCCUUUCUCCUAUCACAUAUUUGUAGACCGUCCCAUCACUGGUGUCAUAAAGACAUAUGUCACAAUAAAGUAAUUUGGUUCCAUUGCAGUCCCUUAGUAGCAGACAUUAAAUGAUCAUGAAGAAGCAUUAUGUAUGAGAAGUUCAUAAUUUCAUCUGGUAAGUUCUUCAUUCAGCAUUAGCAGACAUGUUACAACUGUAAUAUACAUUAACGACACAUCAGUGUAUAAAUAUUCAUCUUCUUGGUAUGUUAAAUUGUUCUGUAAAAGUUUGUAAUGAUUCAAUAGCUCAGAUUUGUAUCCAGUCAUUAUAAUUAACCUUUUCCUGUUGUUUUAGCUCUUUAAACUUCAUGAUAGAUUAAUGCUUUGUGCCAAUCAGAACUUGAACCUUGGCCCAUGCUGUCUGCAUGCCGUACUUUUACCGAUUAUCUAGGCACGAUUCAUCUUACAGCUACAAUCUUCCACUGUCCCUGUUUUAAUUUUUUCUUUGUCAUGAUUUUGCACACCUGGAUAAACUCCACUGCACAUCAAAAGAUUUCUCCCUUACCCCCAAUUACCCAUUGUCCUAUUCUUUAGAAAUAAAUGUAAAAAAUUAAGAAAUUGUAAUUAAAUUAGUCCCUGUUCGCAUUGCAACAUAGGUCCUUCCCUCACUUUGUUUUGUUGUUAAACAUAUUUUACAUUUUAUAAGAAUGUUUUGCUCACCCGUAAUGUAUUGUAAAGUUUGUUCCUUUUGAUGUAGCAGUUGCUGCUCAAGUGAAUAAUUGACAAGCCCUGUUUUAGAUGUUUUGUAUGCAGUUGAAGUAUCCACACCAGUUUAUAAACAAGAUUAGUUACAGCCAGUUGGGGAAUAAUGCUUGUUACUUUGCAUCUAUUUAGUUUAGGUUCUAUUCACCCCAAUUUCUUAAUACUCUGUUAGUGAUUGAUAUUCAUACUAUAUUGUGUCAGGUAUUUUUGCUCAACAUUUCAUUUAGUUGAAAUAUAAAUUUCCUUAAUGUAAUGCCCUCUUACUUCAGUGAUGUUAUUAAUGUGUACCAUUCAAAAUAUUUUGUGAUAGUAAGCUAAAGGCAUAUAUGCAUACAAUUUAUUGUGUUCAUUUCUCCUGGCAGUGUAUAAUUUCAUUAGUGACCUUAACAUCAGCCAUUUUCAUUUGUUGAACUGACACAUUAAUUAAUUGUUAAUAAAAAUCACCUCUUGUAUUGUUAAACAUUUAUUGUGUUACAACUGGUUUUGUUCCUUGAACGUCUUCAGAUUGACAAGUUGUGCUAAAGUCAUGACAUAAAUGGUCUGCUUGUCAUACGUAAUGUUAAAGACCAAAUCAAAAAACACCGAUCAUAAACAUUCUACUGACCUUCCAGUGGAAAUACAGCAGUCAGACAUGGUAUGCUUUGUACAAUAAACUGUCCCAGCCCUUAGUGACAAGUUUACUUUACACAGCAUCCCGUGUCUGCCCACCAUACUUCAGUCAGGUGGUUGGCAGAAUGUUUUAUGAUCAGUGUUUUUGAUUUGGUCUGUAACAUUAUGUACGACAACCAGACCACUUGUGUCAUGACUUUAUCACAACUCAGCAACCUGAAAGUGCUCAUCAAACAAGAGUGUUCGUUACACAAUAAAUUUGUAAUAAUUCAGUUGAGGUGGUUUUUAGUAAUCUUUAACAUUGUCAACAUGAUCAAGAUAACCCAUUAAUAUUAAUUAAUUAUGGUUUACAUUUCUGUAGUUCUGAGUGACAUCUUCACAACUGACUGCAAUAGUGAAGUACUUUUUUGCCAUAAUUCAGCAGCAUACCUUGAGCACACUAUUUAUUUCUUCCACAUUUUGAGUUGCCUUUUCAUAACACUGAGCCACAAAGCAUGUAGGAAGAAGUUGAUGUUAUAUGAAUUAUUCUGUUGACACAAAUAUCUGUAAUUUUUGUUGCGGCCACAGUGCAUUUGUUUCCUUUAUAUUUAAUUGACAUAAUUUCAUGUUUUUGCCAUGUGACACUCAACAUGAAAAUGUUGCUGUUCUUGCUGCCUUUGCUGACCUGUUUCAAAAAUUCUCUUGGGAUCAUGUCAUAGAAGGCCUAAUAGGGAUCAGUAAACAUAAAAAUUGUCCAAGAUACACUACUACUAACAGUGCAAGCAAUAUAAUAUACUACUUGUUUGAAGAACAAGCUUUGUUUACAACCACACAGACAUUUUUCUGAUGCAAGUGCCAAGUUUUAUUCUUCCCUUUGGCUAUAAACAUGCAGUCAAGAGUAAAUAGUUAGUUGCUGCAGUUAUAUUUAAACUGGUCAAGACUUUGGGGUAUGGAGGUAAGUCGUAUUGAUCAUAAAGAUUGAAAACUUUAAGUGAUUGAGUCAGUUUGAGGGGCAAAAUCACUUUCCCUCUGUAGCACAAAAUGAAUGUUAUGUCAGUGUCAGAAACUGAUAAGUUCGCAAAUCCGUGAUUCAUUUUAAAAGCCACUUAACAUAUUGUGAAAGUACCUACCUCUCUGCCUUUAAGUAUGUGUUUAAAAGCUGUUGCAAAGCAUGGAAAGAAAGACACAAAAGUUACAUUCGUUUUGGUUGUCCACCGUAAAUGUACUGUAGAGACCCUAGGUACCCUUUCAUUAAUAUUCUUUUGAUCUGUAGAUUACUCCAUGGUGUGUGUGAAAGUGAAAGAUUUUGAAAUCAGCUGGCAUCAUACAGAGAUUUGCAGUUUAUGUUCUCAUUAUAAAAACUGUGUAAUCUAAUGGCCACUUUGUAUGGCUUAUAUAGUUUAAAAGUACCUCAUUUGAGAAAGCAAUGUCUUGUGAUAGUUAUGUAUAUUAUUUAUAAACAAAUUUUCUCACUAAAUAUGACAUUGUUGUUAGAGUACUGAUGAUGAACCCAAAGAAUACCUUUAUGCCUGUUGCAACAUUGUUACAUUUGCCAUAUUAUUAAAAAUGUAAGACAGUAA